AUGGCGUCGAAAGCUAGCAGCAAAAUUAGAAUUACACCAGGUGCAGUGGUUUGCCAAGAAGCAGAGAUAAAAGGCGAAGUAACGAUAGCUGCAAGGACAGUUGUACACCCUAAAGCGCGUAUAAUUGCUGAGCAUGGUUCUAUAAUUAUCGGAGAAGGUAAUCUUAUUGAGGAACAAACCUUAAUUUGGAACUCCACCCCAGGAAAAACAAUGGUGAUCGGAAACUACAAUGUCUUUGAGAUUGGAUGUAUCAGUGAAGCUCUUGCAGUUGGAAAUAACAACGUCCUUGAAGCGAAAUGCAAAGUCGGCCCGUUAGUAGAGCUAGGAGAUGGCUGCGUUAUUGGAAAUAUGUGCCGAAUGGACACUAAGGAGAAGCUUUCGAACAAUACUGUGAUUUAUGGACAAAAUGCUAACCGAAGAAAGGCCUCUGAGAUACCAGCCCCGCAAACAUUGCAACUAGACUUUUUAACAAAAAUCUUACCUAAUUAUCACCAUCUAAAAAAGCCAUUUAGACAGUAGAUUCUGGAGAUGUCAAUUGCGUAUGUUGUUUGAAUUUUGAACACUUCGUAUAUAAACUCUUAAUGAACCAGUGAUCUUAAGCAAAAUCUAUACAGUUGGCUCUCUUAUAGUCACUCCACUUGAAGUCACACUACCAUUACAUUAACAUAACAAAUUUAGACCAAAAUAUGCAUAAAUAUUCAUUUUAACUCCACUUACAGUUGCACUCUGUUUUCAGUUUAAAUUUUUCAAGCAACAUUGGGUGUGACAAUAACUGAAGUCUACUGUAUAUUGCAUAUAUUACUUGAAACUGUAUUCAAUAAUGUCACAUAGAAAAAUGUAUUCGAAAUAUUCUGUUAGUCCUAAUAAAGAUGAUGGUUGUAGUCUUCAUUAUGAGGUAUGUCUCCAAGAAAACCCUUAUUUUGGUCUUUGUGUUAGACAAAGAAUCAAAAGAUAGUUAAAGUGAAUAA